AUGGAGAUCAACUUAUCAGAGAUCACUCUCCGUCCAUUUAAUCUAACGGACGUGGACGGCUUGAUGUCAUACGCGGGCGACGAUCAAGUGACACGGAAACUCAGAUGGAAGACGUUGACCUCCAAAGAUGAGGCGUUGACUUUCAUCAAAGAUGUUUGCAUACUGCGCCCUUGGCGCCGUUCCAUAUGCAUUGACGACCGUUCGAUCAGUUUCAUCUCCGUCUUCCCAGGAUCGGGCGAUGACAGGUGUAAGGCCGACAUAGGGUAUGGUGUAGCCCCAAAAUACUGGGGCCAAGGAGUAGCCACAAGGGCAGUGGAGAUGGCACUUCCACUUGUGUUCAAGGACUUGCCUGAGGUGGUAAGGCUUCAGGCUUUUGUAUUUGUAGAGAACAAGGCCUCUCAAAGGGUUCUAGAGAAAGCUGGCUUUCAAAAAGAAGGCCUUCUUAGGAGUUAUUGUUUUAUCAAGGGAGUACUAAGAGAUUUAUUUGUCUAUAGUUUUCUCUCCACGGAUUUUCCUUCUGAUCGAGACUAGUUGAAAUUGAUGAUCAGCAGUUAAUUGUUAAGAGGAGGUUUCAUUGUUU